UUGGUUGACUUUUUGGUCAACGUUGAGGACUAAAAGUGGAAAACAAAAAUACCACCACCACCGCUAGUACUACUGCGUCUGAGACUGAGAGAGAGUAUUAAAAUCAAAAUUAAAUACUUUUUCCUUUUUAAUUCAUUUUCUCAUCAAUAACACAAUCUCCCUGGAAAAAUUCUCUACGACUUCCUCUCGUCGUCGAGCUUGUUAUUGAUCGGAGAGAGAGAUCAGUGUUCUUUGGAUCUUCCAAUUUCUUCCACGUUUGUGCUUGAAUUGCAGAAGAAGUUUUGUAUAGGACUCUGUUUUGCUUGUUGAUAGAAUUUGGGAAUCUAGGGUUUAUCGAAUCGUUUAUUUUGGUUUUCGUUUAGUUUCUCUUCUUCGAGCUGGUGUUUCUCAACUAGUUAGAGAGUUUCUCGAUUGGUCAGAGCUGCUUUUAUUGAAUUUUCUUUGGAUUUCGUGCUUAUAGAUCUUUGAAAAGUCUGAGAAUCCUGUUUUGGAGUUACUGCUUCAAGUUAUUGGAAGAAAUUAGGGUUUCGAUCCAAUUUUAGAAUUGACUCAAGGAAUUCCGAUAUUGGGGUUUUGUUGUAGUUCUGAUUCUCAGUGAAUAAGAUAGAAGAUAAUCAUGGAAAUCGAUGGUGGAAACGAUGUUCAGAUUUUGGAUCCUGAGCUCUUGCAGCUUCCCGGUUUGUCUCCUGUAUCACUUAAAGAAAAUCCUCAUAUUGCUGAAGAACUCUUCUCCCAGUGGCUUUCACUUCCUGAAACUGGCCGAUUGGUAAUUUUAUUCCCAAGCCUCUGGCUCAGUGGCUCCUUAGCGUCGUUUGGUUUCUUGUUCAUUUAAUAGUUGGCGCCUGUUUUAUGUAUAUGCUGAUACCUGUUCGUAAGUCCUUGUUGUGACUUUAUCUGAUUUCAAGUCAAUUUCUGCAGAGCAAGAUUCAACAUGCUUAUUGCUCUUACUGAAUCCUCGGCUGUUGCAUAUUUAGUAGUUUUGUUUAUUUCUUAUAGAUUUUACUUAGUGUUAGAUAAAGAGUGCUUGAAUAGCACAUUUAGGGGUUAUAAUGACUUAGGUGAUAAUAGUACUGGGAUAUUACAAGGCUCUGCUAAACUUGAGAAGUGUUUGUAUUUGUGUAGUACCAGAUUUAACUUAAAGCUCCUGAGAAUAUGGUCCAGUGUUGUAUGCCGAUUGCCGACUCAUGUCAAGUCUUUAAUUGAUGAUACUAAAUCUAGUACCCCAGUCAGUGUAUCCAAAAAUUGUACUAGUCUCAAUGUUGCUUGCGGGAGUGCAUUGCCAUCUGUUUUUCUGAACAGCGGCACUCCCCCACUAUCCCCACGAGGCUCACCUGGGUCUCCCCGUUUCUCGAGGCAAAAGACAAGCCCUUCUCUACAGUCUCCUCUGAAAUCAGUCAGGGAACCAAAGCGCCAACUCAUUCCACAGUUUUACUUCCAACAUGGACGUCCACCUGCGAAGGAACUAAGGGAGCAAUGUAUAUCCAUGGUUGAUCAAUUUUUUAGUAACUAUAUAGACGGACUUCAUAUGGAUGAAUUCAAAUCCAUUACUAAAGAAGUCUGCAAGCUGCCUUCUUUUCUUUCCUCUGUACUAUUUAGAAAGAUAGACACGAGUGGCACCGGUAUCGUUACAAGGGAUGCAUUUAUCAAGUAUUGGGUUGAUGGACAUAUGUUGGCAAUGGACGUAGCCUCACAGAUAUAUAAUAUUUUAAGGCAGCCAGGUUGCAAGUACCUUAGACAGGCUGACUUCAAACCAGUUCUUGAUGAGCUUCUGACAACUCAUCCCGGCUUGGAAUUCCUGAGGAAUACACCUGAGUUUCAAGAAAGAUAUGCUGAGACCGUCAUCUACAGAAUAUUUUACUACAUAAACAGAUCAGGUACUGGUUGCAUUACUCUUAGAGAGCUGAAGCGUGGGAAUCUUAUUACUGCCAUGCAACAAGUUGAUGAAGAAGACGACAUCAAUAAAGUUAUUAGGUACUUCUCCUAUGAGCAUUUCUACGUGAUAUACUGCAGAUUUUGGGAACUCGAUGGCGACCAUGAUUUCCUUAUUGAUAAGGAAAAUCUCAUCAAAUAUGGUAAUCAUGCCCUUACCUACAGGAUUGUCGACAGAAUAUUUUCACAGGUUCCUAGGAAAUUUACAAGCAAAGUUGAGGGGAAGAUGAGUUAUGAAGAUUUUGCAUACUUUAUUCUCGCUGAGGAGGAUAAGUCAUCUGAGCCUAGUCUUGAGUAUUGGUUCAAGUGCAUAGACCUAGAUGGAGAUGGGGUGAUCACUCCCAACGAGAUGCAGUUUUUCUACGAAGAGCAGCUGCAUCGCAUGGAAUGUAUAACCCAGGAACCUGUACUCUUUGAAGAUAUCCUAUGUCAAAUAUUCGACAUGAUUAAACCAGAGAAGGAGAACUGCAUCACACUCCAGGAUCUGAAAGCAUCCAAACUUUCUGGAAAUAUUUUCAAUAUACUCUUUAACCUGAACAAAUUCAUGGCGUUUGAAACCCGUGACCCUUUUCUCAUUCGUCAGGAACGUGAGAAUCCAACAUUGACGGAAUGGGACCGAUUUGCUCAGAGAGAGUAUGUGAGGUUGUCAAUGGAGGAAGAUGUGGAGGAAGUCUCGAAUGGGAGUGCAGAUGUUUGGGAUGAACCACUCGAAUCUCCAUUUUAGUGACUCGUAAGAGUUUCUUGGGAAGAAGAGGGAGAAGUCAGAUCUUCUUGGGUGGUAAGAGCCUCGGAAACAAUUUUCAGACAGACAACCACGAAAGCCAGUCCAUUCCACGGUUCCACCUAGAGAUUGGCGACCAAGAGACUUAUCCGAUGCGUAAGCUUGUGUUAGUUUCAUGAAAUAUUUGUCUUGCUUAGGUUUCUCAGGUUGGACCCUCUUUCAAUCUUAUGUAUAUUAUUAUAUACGCCGCUUUAUAGUGUUUUGUGGAACCAACAACAACGGUUUUAUUUAAAAUCGAAAGAACUAUGUACAAAGACACUUUUUUUUGUGGGAAGAAAUUUACAAACCUUGAAACUUGUUUU